AUGUCUGCGUGUGUGCAAUAUACGGAAGACAAGGAGCGGGCUGUGCUCCCUGUGUUGUUGAUGAAAGAUUUUAGUCCACGCAACGCGCAAGAUUUCAACAAGGACACAAUAGUGCUGGCCUACUGGGCUGACCAGGACGACCAUGGCGAGAACUUUUAUCCGGCCACGGUCACUCCUCUAGCAGACUCCUUUGACACCCUUGUAGUGAAGCUGAAAGCAUCCCGAAGCACACUUCCUCAAGUAAUUAUAGGAAAGCUUGGUAAAGGCAUCGUGGUUGUGUAG